GUAGGCGUACCCUGCCAGUUCCUUUCCCUGACACAAAUACAUCAAUAUGGCAUCCGGCAUUGAUUUUCCAAUCGUACCAUCUGCUUUGCUGAACGUGCUCAAGAUUAAAGAUUCCGCCGAGGGCUAUCUGCUGCCAGACGUUGGCUAUGAGUACGCCGACUUGGAGCCUCACAUCGAUGAAGCAACUAUGCGUCUUCAUCACAGCCGCCAUCACGCUGGAUACACGAAGAAAACAAACGCUGCGCUCGAAGCGUGGAGAAAAUCGGGAGAGUCGGCCGAAUUGGCCUCUAAGCCUAUUGAAAACAUCAUUCAGAGGAUUGACGACGUGCCGAAGAAGUGGCAGCGUGCAAUACGAAAUAAUGGCGGCGGGUUUAUCAAUCAUGCCUUCUACUGGCAGAACAUGAGUCCUCCUAGCGACUCGAAUGCACAGCGUGAGCCUUCGGGAAACUUAGGAGAGAGAAUCAAGUCUACGUUUGGAUCUUUUGCCGAUUUCAAGAAGCAAUUCACGGACACCGGCACCGGUCUGUUCGGAUCCGGGUGGGUGUGGCUUGUCGAAGUUCCUGGUUCGUCCGAACUGCGAAUCCUGACGUCGGAAAACCAAGACAAUCCGAUGUCUCAGGGUCUGAAGCCGAUUCUGGCUUUGGACGUGUGGGAGCACGCGUAUUAUUUGAAACAUCAGAACAACAGGCCGUCGUACGUUGAGGAAUGGUGGAAGGUUGUAGAUUGGCGCAAAGUUGGUGACAUCCUCACUGCAUGGAAUGCUAAACAGUGACUGGACGAGGGAGAAUGUGAACAACAAUUGCUUCUAACUUCAAAUCUUUGAUUGUUUAUCUGUUAGCUGCUAGUAGCUAGUAUUGUGUUAGAAUAAGUGUAGAGAUGCAAGGUAGUGGGAAUUGGUAAUAUGAUGCAUUGUGGUCUGACACACUGA